AAAAUGGAGGGCGGAAGGGUCCCAUCAAGCAAAUUUCUCAAAUAAUAAGUGAAAGAGUGUAUUCAAAUUCAUGCUAUCGCUCAUAAAACAUAACGCAAGCCUAAAGCAUAGAUCAGGUGUAGACGAAACAGAAAGAGCAAGCAUGGACGGUCACAGGACCCACAUUGCGUUUCCCGCCAAAUUUCUUCGCGCCAAACUCCGCCUCGUGGACGACAAGGCUCUCUGCGCACCUUCGCAGACGAACAACGUGUGCACGAGAGAUUGUGGGCAGAGAGCGGCACACAGACUUCGAAGGUUGCAGGCGCGGAACGUCGUAGUUGUUUUCUCGAUUUUGGAAGCUGCUAUUGGCGUUUUUUCGAAGCACAUGACUGCCAGAAGGGAGUCGUUCUCGAGCUUGGGUUGAUCGCUCCGUGUGUUGUGAAUUAGAGUCAUUUCUGAUACUUUUCUGUGAAACGAGCGUUUGCAUUAAUGUCGGAGCAUGUACAUGAAGCCGAUUAAGUGGCUUCCAAAUUCUUCUCCGCUAUAGUCCGUAUUCCGAGAAGCCAAAGGCGGAAAUAUAAGCCGUCAAGCAGCCGAGGAAGUAGAAGAGCGGGAAGUCCGCCGAGAACAUAAUGGACGCGGACGAGUCUCCACCGUCGUCUCCGGAGUCGAUUUCUGCUCGCAGCACAGAGCAUCCCACAAGCAACCAUGGUGAGGGCGAAAGGAGUAGUAUGCACACUCCCUCAGGAGAAAUCCCGGUAGACCCCGACAUGCUGGUCGAUGACCCUGGUGACGAGGAGGUCUCUGAAGGAGAGGAUCUUUUUAAUGACAACUUCAUGAGAGAUUACCAGCCACUAGGUACACAAGAUCAGUAUGAAGCAGAGGGAAUUGAUGACGAUGUGGAAGAUACUCGAGAUCUUGCUCAAGUCAUGGAGGAUCGUCGUGCUGCUGAUGCAGAGCUUGACCAGAUGUACGGAGCAGCAACGAUUGGUUCUCGUCGCAAGUUUCCAGAUGCGCUCAACGAACCUGGGGACGCUGAUGAGGAGCCUCGUCCGAGAAGGAGGCCAAGACCCGAGCCUCCUUCCGUGUCCGAGGCGGAUGAUAAUGCUGAGGAGGAAGAAGAAGAAGAGAUUGUUGACCCAGCGGCCGAGGAAUACUUGUACAACCCGAAGGGCAGCCUGCGAGAGUGGAUAGCAAGGGAGGAUGUGAGGCGUUUCGUUGCGAGGAAGUUCAGGCUGUUUUUGAACAGCUUUGGUAAAGUGGAUGAAGGCGAAAAGCCCUACUACUUGAAGCUUGUUGAGGAAAUGGUUUCCGCAAACUCGAGUAGCCUGGAGUUGGAUUACGAGCAGUGGAUCCACACAUACCCCAUGCUAGCCGUGUGGCUAGCAGACGCGCCAGAAGCAAUGCUUGAAAUCAUGGAAGAAGAAACCGUGAAGUUUGUCAUGAAGCAUCACCAAAAGUACUCUAUGCUCCAUGAGAGGAUUCAUCUCCGCGUCGGCAAGUUGCCCAUCGAGGAUCAGAUUCGGAAUAUAAGACAGAUACAUUUGAAUACUUUGGUCAAGAUAUCCGGAGUGGUGACACGCCGAUCUGGGGUAUUUCCCCAACUGCAACAAGUGAAAUACGACUGCAGUAAAUGUGGAGCUGUUUUGGGGCCAUUUUUCCAAAACUACUCUACGGAAAUAAAAGUUGGUUCCUGUCCCGAAUGUCAGUCACGCGGACCGUUCCAGGUCAAUGUGGAACAGACUAUAUACAGAAACUAUCAGAAGCUCACCUUACAAGAAAGUCCUGGCACAGUCCCAGCUGGAAGGCUCCCACGUUACAAGGAGAUUGUGCUGUUGGAUGAUCUUAUCGAUUGCGCACGCCCUGGAGAGGAAAUUGAAGUCACUGGGAUAUACACGAAUAACUUUGACCUCGCCUUGAACACCAAGAACGGCUUUCCUGUCUUUGCCACUGUGAUUGAGGCUAAUCAUAUAAGCAAGAAGCAAGAUUUAUUCUCUGCGUACAAGCUCACAGAGGAAGACAAGGCAGAUAUUAUUGGUUUAUCGAAAGAUCCAAGGAUAGGACAAAGAAUCAUCAAGUCAAUUGCACCCUCGAUUUAUGGGCACGAAGAUAUCAAAACCGGUCUAGCCCUGGCAAUGUUUGGAGGUCAGGAAAAGAAUGUGCAGGGGAAGCACCGACUGAGAGGAGACAUCAAUAUACUUCUUCUAGGAGACCCUGGCACUGCAAAGUCACAAUUUUUAAAAUAUGUGGAAAAAACAGCUCAGAGGGCUGUCUAUACUACUGGAAAGGGUGCUUCCGCGGUGGGGCUAACAGCUGCUGUGCAUAAGGAUCCCAUAACCCGUGAGUGGACUUUGGAAGGCGGGGCUUUGGUGCUUGCUGAUCGAGGAAUAUGUCUCAUCGACGAGUUUGACAAGAUGAACGACCAAGACAGAGUAAGCAUACACGAAGCUAUGGAGCAGCAAAGUAUUAGUAUUUCCAAGGCCGGGAUAGUAACAUCUUUGCAGGCUCGAUGCUCAGUGAUUGCCGCAGCCAAUCCUAUUGGCGGAAGGUAUGAUUCCGGGAAGACCUUUGCGCAAAAUGUGGAGCUCACGGACCCAAUUCUAUCAAGAUUUGAUAUUCUACGCGUGGUCAAAGAUGUCGUUGAUCCUGUAACGGAUGAAAUGCUGGCGAGGUUUGUUGUUGAGAGUCAUCACAAAUCCCACCCUAAACGAGCUGUACUUGAUGAUAACGGGUCAAACGCAGCUGUGAAUUCCGACGAAGAGAUUCUUUCUCAGGACAUGCUGCGAAAGUAUGUGACCUACGCCAAACAGAAUGUGUUUCCAGCGCUACAUGAUGCCGAUUUGGAGAAAAUAGCCUUGGUGUAUGCCGACUUGCGCCGUGAAUCGAUGCACGGUCAAGGGGUCCCUAUUGCAGUGCGGCAUAUAGAGUCCAUGAUCCGAAUGUCGGAGGCACAUGCGCGCAUGCACUUGCGUACCUUUGUAACUGAAGACGACGUGGACAUGGCCAUACGUGUCCUACUCGAGUCCUUCAUCUCCACGCAGAAGUACGGUGUCCAGAAGUCGUUGCAGAAGAGCUUCAAAAAGUACAUAACUUACAAACUGGACUUCAACGAGUUAGUACUGCACCUGCUUCGUGGCCUCGUUAAGGACGUUUUGCGUUUUGAAGAGCUGGUUUCACGGUUUCACACCAAUCGUUCGGGUCAUGUUACCAUCAAAAUGGACGACUUGGAGGCAAAGGCCCGAGAAUACGGCAUCAAUGACCUAUCAAUUUUCUACAGUAGUCGACAGUUCCAAGAGUCGAACUUUACUGCUGACAUGGAGCAGCGAACUAUUCAGCUAGCUCUAACGUAGUGCAAUUCUCGCUUUACCUCGCUCUGUAAUUUAACAUGUAAAUCCUUUAAACCUUGGGCUUGCCAGUCUCUGCCAGAAACGAGUUGUUGUCACCCCAACUGAGGCAGAGGAGCCGUUUAACUUUCACCCAAAUGCUGCUCUUUAAGCACGACAUCUGAAUAUCCUGGGCUCGUUGUGUGCACAUCAUAAUAGGACAGUCCUCCUUCCCACAUCUGACCAUAUUUCACCCUUUCCAAAGCCGGUCGCUGGAGACACUCUAAUUAAUCCAGCGGCAGAAGAUCAGUAUCUGCUGGACUCAUAUAGCCUUUCCUGUCUAAGUUUCAACGAGCGAGUCCAUAAUAAACGGGAGCUCUCCUAAUUGAUUUUCAGACUUGUGUAGACUUUUAAGAGGACGAGGGAUGCGUUCCAUGAUCCAACAAUUAUCUCGACAGGCCCUUGAGUCAAAAACCUACUAAUUUGUAGCGCGUGCUGUCUUUGAGUCCGGCGAACAUGCUACGUCGUUCCGUUCUUCUGGAAUACUGAACGGCAUGCUGCCACUUCCAAUUAUUGGCAGCGUUCACACACCUCUGGCAUCCCUGGUGUCUAGCUAAUCGGGAUUUGGUCACCUCAAUGCCAAAAUGGACGGAAUAUCUGAGAGAAGUAAACUUCACCUAAUUUGAAUUCUAAUGCAAAACCUGUAACUUUUCAUUCCUAGACAGGACGGUCUGAUAUGUUUAUGUGAAAUAUCCGUCCUGAUCAACUGUAACACAUACGAAUGU